AUGAUAGAGAGUGAUGAAGAUCCUCUAUGGCAAGCCGAGGAAAGGGAAAACCUAGAAGAAGUUUCCGCUAGAGGCCUUGAGUUUGUCAAAUGGUUAUGGAAGAGACCAGAGAAAGAAAUUGCAGUUGUUAGCCAUGGAAUUUUCUUGCAAGAGACACUUCGUGCGCUGCAUAAAAAAUUUGGCGUACCUCUUGAAGAUAGUGACCUAGAACGGUUUGCUAAUUGUGAACUCCGGCCAAUUCGACUAGAGGAGAGUGACAUGGAAGCCGUUGCAUUAUCGACUUAUAAUUGUAGAAAAUACGUUACUCCACCUUCGACUUCCCUUUACUCGCUUGAAUAG